AUGACAAAGAAUACAAAGAUAGCAACAUUAGCAUCAUUAGCAUCAUUAUCAUCACAAUCAUCAUCAUCAUCAUCAUCACAAACAACAUCAACAAGUGAUCAGAAAGGCAAUGGAAAGGGAAAGCUUAAUGUACUGCUAACUGGAGCAACAGGCUUUGUUGGUUCAAACUGCUUGCGACCAAUGUUAGACUCCAAUCAAUAUAGAGUGUUUGCAUUGGUGAGGAAUAGACAUAAAGUGGAUGGUUCGACACAGUCAAGACAGAUGCCAAAGGAGUUCAGACAGUUCUCAUCCAAUCCAUCAUUCUCAAUACUGGUGGGCGACAUUGUUGACUUGGACCUGGACGCUGCGCAUCAGGGCAAGGUGAUUGAACACUUGCGCAAGUUGAUCAUCUCGCAUCGCAUCCACAUCAUUGUUCAUCUGGCCGCUGCAAUGGAAUUCUAUCCAGGCGAUCAGCAUAUCGUAUACAUGACCAACGUCAUUGGAACAAAGAACCUGUUGGAGGCAUCAAUAUAUCGCAAGCAUAAAGGUGGUGGUGAUGGCGAUGGCAGUGACAGUGACAGCGACAGCGAGGAGAGCGAGCAAGACAGUGAUGAUAGCGAUGGUGAAGCCCUGCCAAAGGUGGUCGACCACCCACUCAUCAAGAGGUUCAUAUACAUCUCGUCGACAGAGGCCAUGGGUGGCUGUCCACCUAGUCCUGGCGUGCUGAGAUCAGAGACUUCAAGGGACAACCCACCCAACUUCUAUUAUGGCGAGACGAAGCUGCAGGGUGAGGAGCAUGUGCGCGCCACCGAGCAGGACUAUGGCCUGGACACAAUGAUCGUGAGGCUCACCGGAGUCUUUGGACGAUCGGACGACUUCUCGAUGUUUGAACUGAUCCAAGCCAUCUCGUACGGUCUGAUAUUCUUCAUACCAUCGUUCGCCACGGGCUCUGUCAUGUACACACACAUCGAUGACGUCGUGCACGGCAUUAUGUUGGCGAUGAAGAAGAAGCGAUCUUCGUUGGACGUGAGCAAUAAGUCGGACUUGCCCUACACCUAUAUCAUCGCGCCCGACAAAGGACUAUCAUACCGCGAGGUCAUUAUAUAUAUCAAUGAGAAGCUCAACAGAAUGAAGCCAAGACUAGUCCUACCAGGUGUCAUUGUACAAGGUGCCAUCGGCCUCGUUGGCAAGCUCAUCUAUCGAUUCAAGAACAAGCAGUUCCUUUUCCAACCAAAGACAUUGGAGAGGAUGUCUGAAGACCGUAUGUUCAACAAUGAGAGAGCCAAGCGUGAGCUUGGAUUCAAGCCACAGUAUACAUUUAAGCAGGGACUGAAUGUGACGAUCGAGGAGUAUCUGGAGAAUGAUAGGAUAUCAUACUAUCCAGUGUCUCCAUUGUUUAUAGGCUUUAUAAUGCUGAUACUCUUUAUUAAGUUUAUGUCAUGGGAUAUGUUCUAG